AGGGGUGGAGGCGGAAUGGGUCCGGUUCCUGGGGUUGGAAGUUUAGGAGGUCACCUUGGCUGUGCAACAAAAGAAGUUUGUAGCCGCUGGCAUUGCAUUCUUGUCUCCCUUUAGUGGAGGUUAAUAACCUCCAAUGUCCAGCCAGCUCCUCCUCUUCCUCCUGGGAUUGGAGAAGUCUUUUCUCUCCUACUUCCAACUGGGGGUGUUUGGCCUCCUCUUCCCCGCCUCCCGGGUCACCUUGGUUUCCCUCUCCUCUGCUGACCUACUUGAUCCCACCAGUCUUAUACCUAUACUUAUGUCCCUGAAGCCCCAGGGGAUAAAAAGAUAAGCAUACACUUUCCUUUGCCUGUGGAAUUGACGGAUCUGCUCCGAGAAAUAAGAGCUUCAGAUUCACUGAUGCCAAGUAAGAGUCUACAUUCAUUGGAACGGUAUUUCAAGAAAACAGUGAUACAUAAGACUGGAGCCAUAUUGUAAAGAAUUUGAAAUGUCAAGCAACAGGGUUUGUGUCUUCUUUAUAUAGUUCUCAAUGCUGUGAUGCAAGUUAAACUGCUCCAAGAUCUGGCCAAACUUCCCUGCAUUUUGGCAAAAUUAUGCCAGUACCAAAGUCUCCCUAGAGUUCUUCAUCCAGCAGUAAAACCACUAAAGGAAUUUGAAAAGAUAACGUGCACAACCCUGACAUUAAAUCAAAACUUAGGUUUAUGCUUUUCCGAAACAACAGCUGGUGGUUUGAAAUGUUCAUUCCCUGGACACAUCAACUGGAAAAUGUCAACUGCAAGCAUAAUGUCUCAAUUGAAGACUGUGUUCUACAGAGUUGGAAAAAUGAAUGUUCCAUCCGUGAAAUCUUUUGGUACUUCCAGGAAAAUGAAUUACAAACAAACUCUGUUGUAUAGAGAGUGGCCUAUGAAAAUACUAAAGACGUGUUAUUCAUCUAUGCCACCUGGAAAACUAGAAGUUCAACAAAUCAAGAGACCACUAAAAGCAUCUAGGACCAAGCAGCCAUCCAGGGCUAACCUUCCACUUUCACCUGUAAAUGAGGAUCUGAUGCACUGCAUAGCCUUCGCAACAGCAGAUGAAUAUCAUCUUGGUAAUCUGUCCCAUGAAUUGGGAUUUCAUGGAUAUAUGGAAAUAACCAAUUUGCCUAGAGAUGCAGCAAAUAUUUUGGUGAUUGGUGUAGAAAAUUCUGAAAAAGAGUAUGAUCCUGGAACAAUCUUUUUCUUCAGGGAAGGAGCUGUUGUAUUUUGGAAUGUGGAGAAUAAAACUAUGAAACAUGUGAUGCAAAUUUUGGAAAAACAUGAAGUUCAGCCUUAUGAAAUGGCACUGGUUCACUGGGAGAAUGAAGAGCUUAACUACAUGAAAGCAGAGGGCCAGUCAAAACUUCAUAGGGGGGAAAUCAAGUUAAAUUCAGAGUUGGAUCUAGAUGAAAUCAUAUUGGAGAAAUUUGCCUUUUCAAAUGCCCUUUGCCUUUCAGUGAAACUGGCUAUUUGGGAAGCAUCACUGGAUGAUUUUGUUGAGUCUAUUCAGUCAAUUCCCGAGGCUUUAAAAGCUGGAAAAAAGGUGAAACUUACUCAUGAAGAGGUUAUGCAGAAAAUGGGAGAACUUUUCUCACUAAGGCACCGUAUAAAUUUAAGUUCAGACUUCCUAAUGACCCCUGAUUUCUACUGGGACAGAGAAAACUUGGAAGCACUUUAUGAUAAAACUUGUCAGUUCCUUAGCAUUACUCGUAGAGUUAAGGUGAUGAAUGAGAAGCUUCAACACUGCAUGGAACUAACAGACUUGAUGCGAAAUCAUCUGAAUGAAAAACGGGCACUCCGUCUAGAAUGGAUGAUUGUAAUACUUAUCACCAUAGAGGUAAUGUUUGAACUUGGCAGACUAUUGUUCUAAUUAUGUGCAAAAGAUAUGGAUAACUCAAAAGUAAUCAACAGAUGUAAAAUGUACUAAAAAGUCCCAAUGACAGAUGUGUAAAUAAUAGGAAGCAAUCUUUUUGUCUCAUUUUUUUUAUAGUGCUUCUAAUCUUUGUAAUAUAUUUUUCUGGUUAAAUAAAAAUUAUGGCUGCUAUACUCCAAGUUA